AUGAGAGUCACCGCCAUCUACACAUAUCCCAUCAAGGCCCUGCGCGGCAUCCGCCUCGACGAGGCCCGCCUCGGCCCCCAGGGCAUAGAGCACGACCGCCGCUUCAUGCUCUGCCGCGUCGAGCCCGACGGCCAGCUGCGCAACGUGACGCUCGCCGGGAACCCGCAGUGCGCCCUCUUCGCCCAGGACGUCGUCGGCCCCGACAUCCACGUCCGCUACCUGGCGCCGCACCCGCCCGUUGUCCCGCCGCACCCGCACCAGGACUCGGUCCUCCGCGUGCCCCUGCGUCCCGACGUCGCCGCCCUGCCCAAGGUCCACGUCAACCUGCACCAGAGCCUGGUCGAUGCCCAUCGCAUGGGCUCGCCCUAUGAUGACUGGUUCGCCGCCUGUUUUGGCUUCCCCAUGGCCCUCAUCUUCAUCGGCGACGAGCGGCGUCCCAUCCUCGGCACCUUUGCUCCCCAGCCGCCCGCAGGCACCCGCCCCGGCCCGCCCCCCUGGCUCGCCUUCUCCGACGUGGCCCCCCUUCUCUUCGCCAGCGAGCAGUCUCUGCGCAACGUCAGCGCCAGGCUGUCCGGCGGCACCAUGGACAUGGUCAAGUUCCGCCCCAACAUUGUCGUCGAUGGCGAGGCCGAGUUCGACGAGGACUACUGGGCCGACCUCUCCGUCCACGGCGAGCCGGCCUUUACCCUGACCAAGAUGUGCUGCCGCUGCUCGUCCAUCAACGUCGACUACGACACCGGCCGCCUGGCCCAGGGCGACGACGGCAUCGUCCUCAAGAAGCUCAUGGCCGAUCGCCGCGUUGAUCUUGGCUACAAGUACAGCCCCGUCUUUGGCAAGUACGGAUUCCUCGCCCCGGGUCGGGAUUGCCUGACGCUCCGCGUGGGCGACCCAGUGGCCGUCGAGAGUCGCUCGCUCGAGCGUCCUGUUUGCGACUGGCCUCUCAAGUCCAAGAGUGACGCGCGUUUCUACCAGUACUCGGCAUAG